GGUAACUUCUGCUACUUUGAUUGUGGACACAAAAAACUGCGAAAUCAAGGAGAAGGACAGCGCCCAGAAUAACUGUAAACCUCUGCAAACUGUGUGGAGCAUCGCGUUGGAAAUGGGACCGCGGUCUCUCUCUCCGGGCUGUCGGACGUUAAAACAGAGGACAUGUCUUUUGGUUUGUUAAAGCCACAGUGCUACACUCAGCUCCCCAAGCAUGCUACAGUAGUGACAAUAUCUCUCCGCUCAGCAGCACUGUUUGAUCCAAGAGAAACGUGCCUUGUAAGGAAACAGGAUGUUCACAGGAUCCACCAAACUGCCACCCACUAAAACCCCCCAGCCCGAGCGGCUGGAUGAAGUGUACGCUGCCUUACGCAGAGGCUUACAGUCUUACCUGCAGGUCCACCAGCUGGAGCUGGACAGUCUGGGGCAGCAGAUCCGAGAAAACAAGAGGAACGGUCGUUUGGGGUCUUUGUAUGAGCAGGAUAAGCAAGUGAAAGCCAUAGAGAGGUUCAUGCGUCGCCUGGAAUUUCACCUCAGCAAGGUUGAGGAGCUGUACGAUGCGUAUUGUAUACAGCGGCGACUGCGUGAUGGAGCGAGUAAGAUGGUGGCAGCCUUUAACUCCGCCACUGGCAGCAAGGAAGCCAGAGAGAGCCUGAGCGAAGCCAACAAGGGCUACAGGGAAUGUACAGAGCACAUGUGCUCUCUUGAGAGUGAAUUAGAAAGCCAGAUGGGAGAAUUUCAUGUCAAGAUGAAGGGUCUUGCUGGCUUUGCACGGCUCUGUGCUGGUGACCAGUAUGAGGUCCUAAUGCGUUACGGGCGUCAGCGCUGGAGGCUACGAGGCCGCGUGGAGGUCAGCAACAAGCAGAUAUGGGACAGCGAAGAGUAUAUUUUCCUGCCUCUCAUCACAGAGCUCCUGUCUAUCAAGGUGACGGAGCUGAAGAGCCUGGCCAAUCACGUGGUGGUGGGCAGUGUGUCCUGUGAAAUGCUCGACCUGUUCUGCCCGCUCCCCCAGACACUCGCCGUGGAUAUUAACGACCUCGGGACGGUGAAGCUAAACCUGGAGGUCACCUGGAGUCCAUUUGAUAAGGAUGACCAGACAUCAUCCACCAGUACAGUUUCUAAACGACUGCUGUCCAAUCAGAGCCCUCCUGACACGCCCUCUAUGCGCGAGCAGGUGUUUUAUUCCUUGCUGAAGCGUCAGGGAGAAAUGGAGAACGGGACGGUCUGGUCCAACUCCUCUGAAUCCUCCGAUGACUCGUCCAGCCCGGCUCUGGCUCAUCAUGCUCAGAGGCUGACGGCCUCCAACAUGCUGCAAACCACCCUCACCAGUCAGCUGUCACUCACUCCGCACAAGUCCAGCGCGUCGACGCCGUCGCUCUCGUCCAACCAGGAGGAGGACGAGACGGAGGCCGCGGAGGUCUUCUCUCAGGCAGAUGCGGUGCCUAAUGGCCAUCUGCAGACUUCCUGCUCUCAGAGCCAUGUGGGCGAGAGCAGCCCAGACUGUACUGUGACUGACAGGGUGUCUGUCAGGUCAGCUGACCUCUCUGAAACCUCAGCAGACCUGAGCUGCUCGUGCCCCGACGUCUCGUCCACACCUCCCACGUCGUCAGUGGAAAGGGCAGAUGUGGAGAUGCCACUUUCAGACACAUGCGUUUCAGUAGAGGAGGAAAAGGAUGAUCCCUGUGAGGACUCGUCCGUACAGGCUGGAGCAGAAACAGAGGACAGCACCACUGAGGCAGGAGGGGGACACCAGGUAGAAGCAUCAGAGAAACACAGUCAGCCACACCAGGAGCUAAAACAACCAGAGCAUGCUCCAGUGGUUCCUUUUCCUACUUCCUCUAGUUUCACUCAGGAAGUUGAGACAGCUCUUGAAAGUUUCGACUUUCUCAACUGCUCCGACCUCGAUGAAGAUGAGGAGGAGGAUGAGCAGCAAGAGGAGGACGAAGGAGAAAAGGAAGACGAAAGAGAAAAGGAAGACGAAGAAGAAAAGGAAGACAAAGAAGAAAAGGAGGACAAAGGAGGAAAGGAAGAUGAAGGAGGAAAAGAAGACGAGGAUGGGCAACAUGAAGAGGACCAAAACAAAAUGGAGCAAGAAAAAACAGAGGGACGAGAAAAGGAUGAAGAGAACUUCUACUCUGGAGGAAGCAGUGAUGAGGAGGAGGCUAACGGCCUGGAGAUCCUCAUGGAGGCACCAGAGGGAUUCAGGAACUCAGAUGAAGAUCGUUUCUCUGAAUCACAGGAGUCGAGUGUGGAAGACGUGCAGGAUUUGGGACAGAUGGAAAUGCCCGAGGAUAAGGAGGAACCCAGCGAGGAAAAUGGUGAGUGUAGAAGACACAUCACAUGAUCAAGAAGAGCGUCCCUCCACUCCCAGCCAUUUGGCCACUACUGUCUUUUAAUGACAGAGUAGAAUCAUAGCAAAACCAUUUCUCCCACUACUCAUGAUCUACUCAUGCCAUCCCCCUCUCUCACCGAGGGACCAGAGGCCUUGAGGAUGUCCCACUUACUGCUCAGACAAACAAGCUCUUCCAUUAUGGUGGAGUUUGUGCACAUAUUUGCCUUGUUCUGACCAAGAACGAUUAAACCUCGGGGUUUCUGCACCUCAGUCAUGAUUAAACCCCACCCCACACACACACACACACACACACACAUCUCCUUUUAAAGGUUCUCAUUCCUUCAACACACACUCUUAUCAUGUUGCCUGGGUUAAAGUGGUUUACCACGAAAGUUUACACUUUCAUAAACUGUUCCUGUCAUGUGAAAAUUCACCGUCCAAAAAUGUAAACAUUUCAGGAACGGCUAAAAGCUGCCUUGUUUUUGGCUUUAUUACAGUGCAUUUUUUUAAGUGAUCUAAUAAUUUUGAAAUUGUUUUAUAAAUUCAAGUUGAUGGAUUACUUCAAUCUACAGAGAACCAUACAAUCACUUACCAAGUUGCAUUACAAGGUUUUCACAAUGAUCAGUAUUUGCGGACAUGAAAAAUAGUUGAGGUUAUGAUUUUCAGUGUUAGAUCAGCGCAGAGCCCAGAGCUCUCUCUCUGUUAGCAGGACAGGAAAAGACCUCAUGAGCAUGUGAUGUUUGUCUGAAGAUUUUUAUCGACAUGAAGUCAUUUCCAAACCAGGAAUGUGUCCUGAAAACCAACAGGAUAUUUUCAUUUUAGGUAUGAAAGACAAGUAAUGAGAAUAUUCAGAAAUACACAAUCAACCUUCAAACCUGUACCAUGGGCCUGAGUUGAAUAAGGAACACGUGUUAUGUAAGAAAUGAAUAUAAACGCUUUAAGGAUAGCAGUUUGAGUUUCUCUUCAAAACUCGUUUUGGUCCAGUUUUUACAAACGUGAAAACAAUCUGCAGUGUAAAACUAUAUUUAAACCUGCAUGUGUAGCUGCCUCACACUGCCAGCAUGUCUGUAUAAAAAAGCUCAACUGAUCAGUUUAAGUGUGUUAAGCUAGGCUCCCAGUGCAAGGAAGCCAAUCGGGUCUGUAGCUGUGUACAAAAGCCGCCUCACGGGGGCGCCAUAGUCUGUCAGCAUCAUGCUUUACAUUGUUCUACAAAAGCCUCGUCAUUCAGAAAGUGCCUCAAGUGACAGAGAUGUGUAAGGGUUUAAAAUGCCAGGACAGGAGAGAUCAGGCAAAAGAAAACAGUGUUUAUUUUCUGAAUUACUUUAAGAGUGUGCACAAUAAGAGAUAUUUACUGUUUCAUAUAAAGAAUUGUAUAUGUCUUGAAAUGUUAAAAUGUUUAUGUUCAGAAAUGUUUAAACUUUAUAAAGGUUUCUUUAAAAGUAA